CUUCUCCCUUCAGCUGCUGUGUGGAGCAGAGAGGAGGCUCGCGCGCAUCGAAGCUUCUCCAGUCUCUCCGUCUCGCUCCGUCCGCCCUUCACUCCCGCGCCGACCUGACUGAGAGCGAUGGGGUGUCGACUGCCGAAACUGAGGAAGGCGGAAGAGAAGAGAAGUCCCGGCAACAUCUACUCCACACUGCGACGUCCACAGGUGGAGACCAAAGUGGGAGUGGCCUACACCUACCACUUCCUGGAUUUCAUGCUGGGCAAAGAAGAGGUUCCAGUCUCGUCGGUGCUCUGUCUCUCGUCGGUCAGAGAACUGCCCGUGCAAGUCCGGGAGCUCUACGCUCAGGGCUUCGUCCUGGUCGCCGUCCACCCGUUUGUCCACCCAUGUGGGCCUCGCCAGGCACACAUCCAGAGGCAGCUCCAUCGGGCCGUGCUGGUCAGAGAGACACCGAGUUCAGAGAAGAGCCAUUUGAUGUGGACCAGACAUCGUCUGGAGACAGACGUGUGUGUGGCGGGUCAUCAGGCGCCAGACCCAGAUGCCAUUCAGAGCUACGUCAAACGAAUCCAGGAUGUCGCCGAGCAAGGGGUGAUGUUUCUGGGCUUCCUGCAGCAGCCAGGUGGCGUACCCUUCUUCUCAGGGAACUGGGACCCUGAGGAGCUGUCCUCCCUGCACUCCAGCCCGUCCCCCAUACACCGACACCCACACAGCGCCAACAGCAGCCUGUCAGACGCCGCAGACCCCCCCCAUAGUAAUGAGGAGCCCCACCGCCACCACUUUGAUCCUCAAGAGUGGGAUCAUGAAAGCCUAGAUCAGAAUCACAGGCCCGCGCAUCCACAGGCCCGCGACGCCGAGCCGGACCCCGAGGAUCCAAACGGGCACCUUCAGAACUCAGAGCUUAGCAUCAGAGUGGUGCUGGGACCAACUGGCCGCCCUCACAGAGAGCCGGCGUGUUCAAGCCCUGAGUUGGCAGAAAGUCAUCUUCAAAAUCACAGACAGAAAAGAUGUUCCACCUCCUGCUCCACCCGAGUCACGGCACAGAACAACAACCACAUCCAAGUCAAGGAGAGUAAGUCCAGGACGCAGCUCUUCGCCCUCUACAACUCCACGGGGCAGCUGGACGCCACCGAGCGCUUCUACUCCCUCACCGUGCCGUUACGGUUCCACAAGGAGGCGGGGCUGGUCACCGAAGUGGAUGCCGAUUGGCUGGAUCACAUGACUCAGCAUUUCAUGAACGGGGCUCAGCUCGUUGACGGAUUUUUCCAUCUGAGCGAUGAUAACGAUAACGGCCAUUCAUCCGUGGACAGCGUGUUCAUCUUCCGCAGCUCCGAGGACCAGAGCGCCAGCACCUCCUACGAUGCCAUCGUGGUUGAGCAGUGGACCGUGGUGAAUGGUGUGGUGGUGAAGGCCGACUACGUCCCCCUGCUGCAGUCUCUGGCACCGUUCGGCUGGCGGCUCAUGUGCGUGCUGCCCACCCCCAUCGUCAAAACUAACAGCGACGGCAGUUUAUCCACCAAGCAGAUCCUGUUCCUACAGCGACCCGUUCUGCAGCGCAGGAGGAAAGACUUCAAGAUGCUGAGCCUCAAGGGUCGCAGCAAGGCGAGAAAAUCCUUGACUGGAGAGACGCCCGAGGAGAGGAACCAGUCCCUGGUGAUGGAGAUGGACAGGUGGAGACCAAGCUCUAAAGAAGGAAACUGGAUCGAGAGCUGGAGCAGCGGAAGGACUGAGGACGGCGGAGAGGAAACGGAGCGGGAAGCGCAGCCUGAGAAGAGCCUGCUGUUUCUGCCCGGCAGCCGAGCGCUUGAAGGGCAGGAAGUGGACACGGAUCUCGACGGCAUCCUCACAUUCAGGCCGGACCUGUCCGUCAGGUGGACGGAUGUGUGUCACAGGGAUGCAGUGGGGAGCGACGCGGAGAUGAAGAGGAAAGAAAGCAUCAGACAGCAGCUGUUUUCGGGCGUUUGUUGACACGUCCGGUGUUCAAAACAAAAAGCGGUUUGUUUGUCAGGCCGAGCCUUUAAAGGGAAGUUUUUCUCCCUGAAGACACACCGUUUCUAUACCAACACUUCUCUGUUAGUAGGGAGUUUAGUGAAGUUCACUCAGCGUUUGAUGAUGAAAGUGCACAGUCUGUCGUCCUAACUGGACUUUGUUAAAAGCGAUGGACUCACUUGGCCUAUGUUUAUGUGCUUUAAGAUGAAGACAACACCAAGGGACCGCAGUACUUUUACACGCCUUUUUAAAUUCCUGACGACAAAAGCGCACUGCAGUAGGUGGCGAAUAAGAAUAAGAGCAAUACAGCUGGUAACUGCAUUUACAGGUCACAGGUCAUUCCUCAUUUCAAGUUUGCCCAUGCUGUCGAGCAUGUUGCUGUUCAACACUGUCCUCCUCAAAAAGACGCCCAAAAAUGAGGUGCCCUCAUGAGAGUAAACUGUUUUCACUGUCCAUUCUGAUCUUAGCGUUAUCAUUUUGUGUCUCAAGAGUGGAAGUCCAGAUUGAAACUUUGGAUUUUCGAGUCCUCGUUCCCCCACACCGACAACUUAAGACGCUGCCACUUCACGACGUACCGAUUCUUCAAGUUUAAACGACUCUGUCAAAAAUGAACCGCAAGUUCCUCUGGGAUUUAGUUGACAAGCGCAGUGGCUUAGUUUUACAUGAAGCUCGGUGACACAUGGGACCAUAACAAUAUGACCAAAUAGGAAGCUCAAUAUUUCAUUGAAAAACUGAACAAUGUUAUAUUUAGUUCAAUCACACCCUCCCUCCCCCGCCCCAUAUCAUAACAAGCUCCACUUGUUCAGUUCCUCUGCUUCAGUUCUGGAUCGCUCGUGACAGAUCUCCUUUAGCGCUGUGAGAUUUCAAGACAGGAACAUGUUUUGUCAGGUUUUUGUCCGAAGACAA